AUGAAGCACGAGUCGCGAUCGCACAGCGCAGGCGGGAGCACACGUCUGCGCACGGCGCUGCAGAGAUGCAAAGAGGAAUCCGUCACUUUUUUUUAUUAUCCGAUCCCAGAAGGGCGAUUAUUCGCAGUGGUCGCGUCAUCCACUCGUGACCACUCUUGUCCCUUUGUUCUCGCGCUGUACGAGCGUGCGGUGCUUGUAAAGCACCAAGACUCGCGUCGUUUUAAAUUCCCUUCCUCUCGGCAGAGUGCGGUGCACCUAGCCCAGGUGCGUUCAUCUGAACCCCUCUCUCAUUCCGGUGUAUUUACAUUCACAGUGCCUCGUACCAUUUUCCUGCGUUACCGUCAACCAAUAUUCGUACGCUUUCCGUUGUCACCCAAAACGCUCUUCAGCGCGAAGACAAGGAUCGCAGAGAUCUGGCAGUGCGGUGGCUCACUGGAGAUCGUCACGUGCUCGCACGUGGGACACGUGUUCCGCAAGGCCACGCCGUACACCUUCCCUGGCGGCACCGGCCAGGUGAUCAACAAGAACAACCGGCGCCUGGCCGAGGUGUGGAUGGACGAGUUCAAGGACUUCUUCUACGUCAUCUCCCCUGGUGUGACCAAGGUGGAGUACGGCGACGUGUCGCAGCGCAAGCAGCUGCGCGAGCGGCUGCAGUGCCAGCCCUUCUCCUGGUACCUGGAGAACAUCUACCCCGACUCGCAGAUCCCGCGCCACUACUACUCGCUCGGGGAGAUCCGCAACAUGGAGACCAACCAGUGCUUGGACAACAUGGGGCGGAAGGAGAACGAAAAGGUCGGCAUCUUCAACUGCCACGGCAUGGGAGGCAACCAGGUGUUCUCGUACACGGCGGAGCAGGAGCUGCGCUCGGACGACCUCUGCCUGGACGUGUCGCGGCUCAACGGGCCCGUCGUGAUGCUCAAGUGCCACCACCUCAAGGGAAACCAGCUGUGGCACUACGACCGUGAGCGCGUGACCCUGAGGCACGUGAACAGCAACCAGUGCUUGGACCGGGCGGGAGAGGAGGACAGCCAGGCGCCUACCGUCCGCGACUGCGCCGGCGUGCGCUCCCAGCAGUGGCUGCUGCGCAACGUCACGCACGAGGCGCUCGCCUGAGCCCUGCGCCCGCAAGGCCUCGCCGUCCCCGCGUACCUUCACCGCCCGCCUGCCCACCCGCUUUCUCUGCUCCCUCUCCUCUUUAUUUUCCGUCCGCCUGCCUCGCCCUCGCCACCGGGAUUCCCUGCUCUCCUAGGUCGCGAAGUCGCCGGUUUCUUUGGGCCGUUGAUGCGGGCGGGCGGGCGGGCGGGCCGAGGAGUGGGAGCCGAGCUCUGCCCAGGGACACGAGCCGUGCCGACGGGUGCCUCCACUCGAUUGCGGUGGCGGCGGUGGCGGCGGCGGCGACCCCCGAAGGGAGGUGGGCGGGCGACGUGGCGGGACUGAAGGCGGUGCGGGAGCCGCCCCACGUCAGGGGACACUUUGCGAGGCUCUGCAAGAAGAGGCUCGCACGCGGCCGCGUCCGAGCCUGCCUGGGUGUGUGCGACACCGAGCGGGAAAGGAAGGGUAAAAGCAGCAGCAGCAGCAGCAAUCUUUCUGGAUGUGACUGAUUUAGAGAUUUUAUGACUCGUGAAUCGCUGACGAAGAUCAGAAGAGGAGGAGCGCCUGAUGCUGCCUCUCGCUGCCAAUGCAGAGAGUCGCUAAAUGCUUAUAUUUUCUACAGGCGGACUGUGUGACUGAUGCCCAUCGGUCUUGGCUGACGAUUGUUUGGUGUGUGUUUCUCCUGUUCGUAGGCGAGUGUCUUGGGCAGGGGGGUGGGGUGUUGUGUGAUUGGGAAGUGGGGAACACGAUUAAUAUACGUUUUUUUUUUUAUGUAGAACUGAUAACAGCUGGCUGGUAAUCAAAAGGCGAAGUAGCAUAGAAUCACUUGCAGGAAGGUAAUUUUUUACGAGACAAACAAAGUUAAAAGCAAGUUUCUCACACCAGUCCCCCGGUUAACGGCCACCGCACCCUGUCCAGAGCUGUGUCCUAUCCUCCGUUCCUCGCCGGUUCAUUGACUCUCGGCCAUGUUUACAUUAAUUUCACCGAGCAAUCAAAAUGAGUGCGUUUUGUUUAUUAUUGCUUUUUUACUUUGUUUCAUAAUGGCUGCAGCUUUUCUGUCACGGUGAUCAGCUUCGUUGUUAUGGGCGGGGGGGGGGGCGGUGUUUGUCUCUCAUGAUUUUGUAUGGUUAUUUUUAUCUGCCGGACAAUGAUGAUGAAGGACGAUGGCGAGAUAUCCAUGGCACCCAUGCGCCGCACGCGGACCUGAUUGAGAGGACUGUGACGCUCGCCAGACACGGAGAGAGACAGAGAGACAGCGCGCUCGGCUAAAAGCACAAUGGGAGCCUAUUUUACUCUUCACAAGCCAAGCUGCACCGCUUACACAGCACCGCCGCCUAGCGGUUAACAACCCCCUGAACGCUAAAUCAAAAAAACAUCUGCCUUCUCUUUGUUUUGCCUUCGCCAGGCACGAGGGAAUUUCACUUUUCUCAGUCCGUUAGUAAAAAUGCCCGGGCGCUUGGCCACACACAGGAGAUACGAGCGCCGCCUCGUCCGCCGUUGCCAUGGCGACGACGAUGUGAACGCCCCAUCGCCACGUGGCGUUUUUAUCACAACGGGGGGGGGGUGGAGG